UGUGAUAUUGCGGCUGCGGCUAGUCUUUGCUGUAGGAGGGCGACCCCCUUGGCAGGGUUCUUGAGUUUUUGGAACUCAAGAACCGUAAAUGGCUGUGACUGCACUGUACAUAGGUGCAAUCGGACUGACCUGCUGGUCUUCUGGCUGGAAUUCCUAAAUAUAUGAGCAGAGACAUGUUGCAAUGAGAGAUAUUCUCUCUCUAUUGUGUGCUCAAAGGGUAAAUUCCCAUUCAUGCAAGUGGAAUCCUUAAGGAAGACAAUUAAAAGCAAUGAUACCGAAAGAAUUAGGUAUCGUAAGCUAUACGUAGUUAAAGAUGAAUAUAUAGCUGAUAUUGCAAACGGAAUCAGGGAAGAUAUUCCCAAAUUCCAACAAUACGUCGGUAAUCUCAAGGCAGAUGGAUACGAGGUCAUUGGUUAUGUCAGAAAGUCGCAUGGAGAUGAGGAUAAGGAUACAAGAAUCAGACUACUACAAACAAUGAUGGACAAAAUGCUUGAAAGAUUGCUAGUCGAUAAAAUCUUUGUAUCCCCAAUGUCACAUGCAGGGGAGCCGUUUGGAUCAAGAGAUGUGAAUUAUGAUAUAAUAAAGCCGGUUCACACACUUUGUUCUUCUUCUUUUGUUUUCCCUUAACAUAUUUCUUCUCUCUUAUGAAAGUAACGGAUAAUAUAAAAAGAUAUAUUGUGAUAUUGCGGCUGCG